AGGUCCGCAGCAGCAGCGCGCUGCUGCUCACUGCUGCCCCUCAGUCUGUCUCUGACCAUAGUAUCGAGUGGAGGUGGUGUGCGUGUCGCGUUCCCAAGGCUCAUCGAGCAGUGCAUGUGUGUCUAUAAUUAGUGAUUGACCGAGAGCACGGCGUGGCGGCGGACGUUCCAAGGAUCAGUAGCAUGAGUGUGAAGUGUGUCAGUUGAUGGUGUGUGGUGACUGUAGGACGCACCAUCACCACUGAAGCUAUCAAUGUAUGGGUAGCAGUAAUCCAGAGGUAGCUGUGGCCCCUCGCCAGGGUUAAGGCCCCGCCACCCUGCCUCAACCCGCCCCCCACGCCGCCCUCCACGCCCACCGCCCCGCCUUCACGAUGGUGACGCGGGCGGGCAAGCAGAGGGAGUUGUCCUCCACAUACCAAAGUUUCGCCGACACAGGACCCACGUACUCCUACCUUGACCUCAGCCGCGCCCGCAGCGAUGAGUCCCUCUUGUGGACCGCGGCGGAGGAGGCUGCGGUGCUGUUGGAGCAACUGCGGGCGUCCCUCGCAUCCCCCCUAAUGCGGCCCGCCGAGGAGGAGGAGGAGUUCCUGGAGGAGGAAGAGUUAGAGCAGUCCUUCAACACCCUGGGCAGAUCCUCCCUGGGCAGGGCGUCCCUGGACCGCUCCUCCAUUGGGAGGUCGUUGUACAGCACAGGCCGCUCGCUGUCCUUCACCGACCUGCACUCCGCUGCCACAUCGGCCGAGGACCUGCGGCUCAUCUGCUUCCACCCGUCACGCCUCCCAUGCAGCGCCCACUGCGCCUCCUCACACUCCUCCUCCUCCGCUUCCUCCACCGCCUCGUCACGCAGCGCCGCCUCCACCGGCAGCAGCGGCGCUAAUCUGGUGGUUGGUGGCGGCGUGCGGCGUCCCACCAUGCGCACGUUCGGCAGCUGGCGCAACCUCCUCAAAUUGGGCGGCAUGAGCGGGCGGGGCAAACCGGCGCCCGUAGUGAAGAAGGUGUCGCCCCCCACGGUCCCCGAUAACUCCGCCAUCACACACCGCCACUCCGGCUCCUCCUUCAGCUCGGGCGUGUACAGUGCGGGCGACCAGCGCUCCUCCUACUCAUCCUCCGUCAGCGAUGAGAACCCACCGCCCUCCCCGCACAGUCCCGCUAGAGGUGGAGGAGUCACGGGAGGCAGUGGUAAUGGGGGAAACUGUGACCAUGGACAGCUGGGCCGCCUGGGAGCCACCACCACUGCCACCACAACCACCACCACCACAACCGACGGUGGUGGGGGAGGCGGAGGGCAGCCUUUAGCCAAUAGCUCUCCUUCCCACUACCACAACCAGCAGCAGUUCACCUUCCCCAAUGCUCCUCACCAGCAGCAGCAGGUGCCACAGUUUGCCCACCUGAUGUGUUCCAAGACGUCACCCGGUUCCCCGCACCACAUGCCGCCAGAAGGCACCUAUGGCUACCUCACCUACCAGCACCAGACGUCACUGGAGGACCAGGGCAUUGAUGUGCAGUCUCCAGGUCGAUCCAGUCCAGGCUCAGGCAGUGGCUCAUCCACCACUGGCUCAACAGCUUCCUCUGGCGGCUGCCGCAACUCCACCACUUCCUUAGAUUCAGGCAGGGCCUCCACCACCACUCACUCCCACCAGCACAGAUUAAGUGGGCAGAGUUAUGACAGCGGCUCCAUCCUACGGCACAGCUACCACUCGUCCAGCUCCAGCCUGGGGUCCAUGGAGCACGAUAACACUCCUCACGUCAACGUCUUAGAGCUCCUCAACAACGGCGUCAGGGAUUCUGAGGUGCUGAGAGCAUGGUUGACAGAUCUCCGCUUUGAAGAAUAUUACGAGAAAUUCCUGUUGGCUGGGUACGACAUGCCAACCAUUUCCCGGAUGACACCCGAGGAUUUGAAUGCAAUUGGUGUGACAAAACCGGCACACCGCAAGAAACUCAAGGCCGAGAUAACCAGACUCAACAUAUCUGAUGGACUGCCUGACUUCAUUCCAGGUCGCCUGGAGGACUGGUUGUCUCUGUUGCGCCUGGAGGAGUACACGGCCUCACUGAAACAGCAGAAGUAUGUCUCUGUGGAGCAGAUGACGCAGCUCACCUGGGAAGACUUGGAGGACAUUGGCAUCACUAAGUUAGGCCAUCAGAAGAAGGUAAUGUUGGCCAUCAAGCGCGUCAAAGACAUCAUGGCAGGCAAGAAAUUCACCACCUGCCAGGACUCCCGCCAGCAGCCGGUGUACGGGGCUCACGACAUCAUGAUUCCCCGCGAGUGUGAAGGACGGGAACAGUUCAGUGGUGUCCCCGAGUUCCGGACAUUCUCUGGGCCAGGACAUUAUGGAAAUACGGAACAUAAUAGACUUAGUGGCUUCCCAGAAUCUGGCGUUCACUAUGGAGUGGCUCCUCACUAUAAUCCCAACCUUCAGUAUGGCCCCAUGCCUCCCCCACAGGCCCACAUCCACCCCAUGCCACAGCACCCAGCCCAGUACCAUCAGUCCAACCAGUUCACUGCUCCACAAGGCCCCUCUCCUCCCGGUCCAAAGCUUCCAGCUGGGCCCACACAUCCUCUCCCUGGGCCAGGCCAGGUCCAGUACCGGCCAGACGUUGUUGCUGUGCAGGUCAGGCCAGGGGGACGGGGACGCAGCAUUGAGAGCCUCGAGGAGCCAAUAUAUGGCACCUACCAGACGUUCCACCCUGACAGCAGAAUGGCAGGUCAUCCACAAGGCCCGAUGUCACUUGGCAAUCUCCCACCAAGACCAUUUGCACCUUCAAAUAUAAAUUCAUCUCAUCCUCAGAGGUCUAUGGAUGACGGUGACAUCACGCCAACUAAUGAGUAUGCAAAUAAUUAUGAAGGUGGAGGAACGCUACCCAGACCUCGCACUGCAAACAAGCUCAGACCCGUCGCCAAAGUGACAGCAAAGACUCGAGCUGACGUCCACGAAGUGCCACAGUUCAUUAAAGACGGGAUGAAUCUCAAGAAGCCAACAACUCAAGGGGAAGAAAUUUGUAUGAAGGAACUGAAUCUGAAGACACUAAACCGCCAGAAUUCAGAAAAGAGUUACACCUCAAGUCAGGGAAGUGGAAGUACAAACAACACGCCACAGGGAACCCCAAAGAAAAUCCCGCCUCCACCCCCACGCCGCUCAAACUCCAUCAGUGAGAGCUCCAAGGAGGCAGCGAGUCAGGACAGCCAGUACGGAUACCUGCGCCGAGGGUUGUCAUACGGCUACAUGGGAAUAAAAAAUAACUUACAGCCAGAUGUCACCCCUGACCUCCCACCUCCUCCCGCCCCGCCAGACAGUGCCAACCACCAACAUCUACCCGACGACUUUCCACCACCACCACCACCCCUAACAUGUGUCACGAUGGCCAGCGCCACACACAUCACGGCAAGCUCCACCAUUACCACCUCAUCGAUGACCAGUGAUUCCUUAGCAACGUCCCAAACCUCCACCACCUCCUCAGAUGAUGAUGGGUCAACAGGGUUUCGGCCAAGGCGAAAUGAUUCUAAUGCUAGUUUUAAGUCUACCUCCAGCACCGACUCAGAGUCUUUGCCAUUUGCAAACGAGAACGCUGGAACCAUCAAGCAGCGAGCCUGCCGUCCCCACCCAGGCCUCACUGUGCUAGAUACCCGUAACUCUCCUCACUCCUCGCCACGCUCCUCACCAGCACUCCGUCGUAAGGAAGCCCAGCCGCCGCUCCGCCAGAACCCCAUCGCUACCACCGACACUGCUGUGCCACAAAUACCUAAAUCAAAUUCAAGUUCCCCUGAUGGGACUGGUGACGUGCUGAAUGACAUUGGCAACAUGCUGGCUAACCUCACUGAUGAGCUGGAUGCCAUGCUGGAGCAAGAGGUUACACUCAAGAACUAACAAGUCCAUAUACAUGAAAGAAAAGUCAAUACAUACUAUAAACUACUACUUGCUUCUAGUGCUUGUUACACACUGUUUGGGAGUGUCUGGUUAGCUACGUAAAAAUGGCAUGAAUAUAUUAUACAUAUACACGUAUAGGUGUGGAAGUAAAGACUUGUCUAUAUACUGUAUAAUGCUAAACUUAGACAUCUUUAUCGGACUGAAUCCAAGCAAAUUUGAUAAUACGUAUUCAUAUUAUGAACCAUUUGUUAUUUACUAGGAAGCCACAGUGUGUGUGUGUAUGUGUGUGUGUGUGUGUAUAUGCACACACACUUGUGAACUAUACUUGAUACUUGUUUAUUUUUUUUUUCCAAAAAAAUAUAUAGGCAUAUAAAGUCGAGAAUCAUACAAGUUUCAGAAGGAAAUUAUCUGCGUAAAUACGUGUGGGUAAACUGAAAUACUAUAUGUAGACCACAUAAGAUGUAGAUUAUUGUUAAUAUUGCCUGAUACUACAAGUAGCUGUAUUAAAGGAGCAAAGUACUCAAUUUUGUUUUCAAUCAAUCAGUAGAAGCUUGAUGAAGGAAGGCCUAUGUUUAUGAUGAUCUCAAGAAGCAUUAAUUAAUCAUACGGUCAGCACAUCGCCACGCCUGCAAAUGGUAAUCAGUAACUGCAUGUAACUUCCAAAUAUUGAGGCUACACAAAACUCUUAUUAGGGUCAGUCUGUAUCUUGUGUACAUAGAAAUGUUGUGCUCUGUAAGUGAGAUUAGGCAAUAGAGGGUAGACACUUAAGAAAAACCAAUCUGUCAGCCAUAAAACAGACAAUCAUGAAACCAAGAUAAGUUUUAGGCUAUUCAUGUAUAAUGAAAUGGUUUCAUAUCACUCAAUAUUAGGAUGCUUAUUGUGACUACAUCAAGGAUACACACAUGUACGUACUGUUCAAGCCAAAAACAUUUAUCAUUAAAAAAUGACUCAUUUCUUCCUGCCUGAGUACUACUAAUAGGUUUCCAGUUGGUCAUUUAGGGAUGCUAGUGGCACAUCAUGACUCAAUUACACAAUUCAUGAUAUGUAUAAUAAAAAGAAAAAAUUUAAAAAAAUUAAACAUGAGAACAUAG